UCGAGUGGAUGCGUAGCACAUUUUUAACACCAACUAAGCACUGUCUAAAUAUAAUGCAGCACAAACUCUUUGAUGCAGACCCAGAUCCAGACGAAAUUCAUAACAUGCCAUUGGAAACCCAAUCUCGUGACAUAGCCUACAGAUUAUGUCCUUCAUUCUCGGGAAACGGGCUUUUUAAUUUUAACGACCUCAAGUAGCGCACAUAAUAACUAUAGACUAGCUGUAACUGAAAAAAGAACAGUUGAUUAAAUAAAACCAAAUAUGCAUCAAAGAUCACGUGCUAUUCUCAACAUGCAUGGGCAAUGGGCCAGUGUUUGGUCUCUGAGCAGCAUCAGCGGAGCGACAGAGAUGCGCCGUCCACUAGUAGCCUAGUCUAAACGGUUGUCACUGUGCGAGAAUAGCAGUCAUAUCGUACAGAAAUGCGAUCGAAGUACAAAAACGAUCCGGGAGUUUUCAGCGUUGGAUAUGCAAAGCGAACACAUGAUCCUUUCAAAUAUAAAAUUCAAUACAUGCUUUUACGGCUACUGUGUUCAUGGGUUAAGCGAGACGGCGCAACAUCGUAUCUUCUCCAGCUUCGUACAAGGCACUAAAGAAUGAAAUAGCCUAUCUGUGUACCCUGUCCUAGAUUCCGUUUUAGCGCUUCAUUUAAAUUCCCGUGUCCGUGACUGUCAUCCCGAGACCCCACCCCUGCCUUCUCUUCCUACAUAUCUUCUUAACUUUAACGAGCCUCGUUAAGAUCACAAUAAUAUUCCACCCACUAAUUGCUCAUUCCAUUCAACAAAUAGGCGAGACUCUGCUUCGACUUCACGCGAGUCAAGGGAGGGAGGGUGCUGUUGAGAUUGGAGUUCCCGAUAACCCCCCGUGCGAGCAGCCAAAGUGGUGAAAGCCUCUACGUACUGGCUAAUGAUUGGCACGCUUGACAGUGAUUGGCAGGGCUGCCAUGACAACCCUACAACGACACCAAGAAGACCAAUAGAAAAGCGAAACAAAAUAUUUCAAUGCUACACUCACGGUGGAUUUAGGGGGAGAUAUUAUGAGGCUGGUGUCAUUAGGCGAUAGCUAUUGAAUCAUUCAAUCUGAAUUCGUCGUUCUUUUUUCCUUCGCACAUUUCUUUCUCUCUCAGGUCAUUUCCAUGGUUUUCAGAUCGCCUUUAGAGCUUUAUCCCUCUCAUUUCUUCCUGCCAAACUUUGCUGAUCGCCCUUUGCUCUUGGCGAGCAGUGCGCCCAGCACCAGGUCUCCCGAAGACUUGUCAAUGUUUCAGCUACCGACCCUAAACUUCUCUCCGGAGCAAGUGGCGAGCGUCUGCGAGACGCUGGAGGAGACCGGGGACAUCGAGCGGCUGGGUCGCUUCCUAUGGUCGCUUCCUGUGGCACCGGGAGCUUGUGAGGCGAUCAACAAGCAUGAAUCCAUCCUACGUGCCCGGGCUGUUGUUGCCUUCCACACAGGCAAUUUUCGCGAUCUCUAUCACAUUCUGGAGAACCACAAGUUUACCAAGGACUCGCAUGGUAAAUUACAAGCGAUGUGGCUCGAGGCUCACUAUCAGGAGGCCGAGAAAUUACGCGGGCGUCCCUUAGGACCGGUUGAUAAGUACAGGGUGCGAAAGAAGUUUCCCCUGCCUAGAACCAUCUGGGACGGUGAGCAGAAGACGCAUUGUUUCAAAGAGCGGACGCGGGGUCUGUUACGGGAGUGGUACCUUCAGGACCCCUACCCAAACCCCAGCAAGAAAAGGGAACUGGCUCAAGCCACUGGACUCACUCCUACACAGGUCGGAAAUUGGUUUAAAAACCGGAGACAACGAGACAGAGCAGCGGCAGCAAAAAACAGGCUCCAGCAUCAAGCAAUAGGGCAGAAUGGCAUGCGGUCCCUUUCAGAAUCCGGCUGCACCCCACGCAGCUCGGCGGAGUCGCCUUCAACUGCAGCUAGUCCCACGACCAGUGUCUCGAGCAUGACAGAGCGAGUCGACACGGGCACGUCAAUUCUUUCAGUAACAUCAAGUGACUCGGAAUGCGACGUAUGAUACGCAAAAAAGAAAUAUAUACAGGAAAAAGGACCUGAAUAAACUUGAUUAUCGGGGAAGAUGAAAAAGGACCAAUUGAUAUUACUAUUAAAAAAAGAAAAACAUAAAAGCACGUCUUUUUUUCAAGCGCUUUCAAUGGACCCCACACCUUUCCCCCACCCCAUCACUUGCAUGAUAUAUAUAUAUAUAGGCUAUAUAUAUCUAAAUCUAUUUUUUUUUUUUUUUGUAUAUGGGGAAAUGCCCCACGUUUAUGUCUACCAGGACCACCGUGAAGAGGGAAUUACCAGAAACCGGUGUCCAUCGCCUUUUGUUUUUUUUUUUUGUUUUUUUUCUAUUUUAGUCCGAGUGACGACGAGCAGCCAGGAUGCAAUCCUCUUUUCCUUUAUGUUCAUCAGACAAUCAUUUGAGUCGUAAGCACCUUUUUUACUACACUUCUGUCACUGCCUGUGUGGGGUACUGGUCAAAUGUGGAACUGAAUCGUUAUGACUGUAUCAGAUUUUUAUUUUUAUUUUGAGAUUUUAUAUUGAAUUAUGUAUAUCUUAAAUAAUGCGACCGUUCUCCCAGUCUGUAAUAUAUGUGUAGAAAUAAGUCUGUAAAUAAUAUUGCUAUACCCAUUCUCUUUUCUAUCCCUGUUCACUUUUCUUGGCUUGGUGUCCCUACAUAAACUAUUCGUCAAAACGUAAAUAUUAAGUGCUCUAGGCGUUUUGUUUCUCUGUUUUAUGCCAUGAAAAGAACGCUAGUGAACAUGAAUUAUCAGUCGAGAUUAAUGCAAAAGACAAAAUAUGGGAUAUCAUCAUCGACUGACCAGGUCCAUUUCAUGUUUCCAGUCCACGCGCUUAUAAUUCAAUGUUACUUUCUUGCGUGUUUCUGUUAAUGUAUUCGUUUCUAAACUGAAAAUACAGUAUUCAAUUUUGUUAUAAAA